AUGAUAUCUUCUCAUGUGCUUUGUUAAGAACAUCCAAAUUAAAAGAUUCAAGGAAUUUAUAUUCAAAAACAGAAAGAAAGUGGAUUUUUUAAAAAGGUAUGUAGUGAAUGCAUAACUAAUUUCUAAAUACCUUCUAAAUAAAUUUUAUCUAACACCAACCUUGUCAUAGAGAUAUAAAGAAUGUUCGAUAGAUAAAAAUGCUGUUUUGAUCUAAGUGAAACUGAAUAAAUUUUGAAAGAAGUUCUUGAGAAAAUUGAAUAAUUAAAAGUUGAAAUCACUAUAAUUUUUUCAACUAUCAGAGAUUCCAUCCUUAGUAUUUUAAACAGUUAAAAAUAAGGAGAUGGAAUGUUUCAUGAUAUUAUUUAUAAUAAACUCGACCUAUUUUAAUGCUCUCAAAUGGAAUUAGAUUUUUUGUAUAGUUUCUUUGAAGAAAAGAAUUAUGAAAUAUGGAUGAAAAGAAAAAAAAAUAUUGCUUAAGAAAUUCAAAAAGCAGGAGUAUUUUUGGAAAGAUUCAUUAAAAAUGCAUACAAGACAAGUCAAUUGGUUGAAUUAAUUUCUACUAAUUAGAAGAACUAUCUUUAAUAAUCAAGCACUAAAACUUCAACAAAAAAUAAGAUCAUUUAAUUGGAAGGCUUGUAGGAAGUAAAUAAUCAAUUAAUAUAAACUAAUUGUCAUCUCAUAAUAUAAUAAAAUGGGAAUAAAAUUUAUAAUUACAAUGAAUAAAUUCUAAGAUAGUAUAUUUAAUGUUUUAUUUUUAGAGAGAAGAAUAAAUUAGGAUAAAAAAAUGAUUUAGUAUUUAAUAAUCUGGAAUAAAUUAAAUUCUUAUAAUUUAAAGGAGAAUAUGGAGUAAAUGGUUAUAAGAUUAAUUAAUGGAACUAUUUUUGGAAUGAUGUAUUAGUUGGAGGUGGUAUGUACAAUCAUAUGGGAUAAAAAAUAGGAUAGUGGAUAGAUUUACAUGAAGAUUAUCAAGAGUAACCAUUUAUUUAAUAUAAUUUAGGAAUAAGAAAAUAAUUGAAAAAGGAUGUUAUAAUUAGGAUUAAAGAAGAGGUGUUUGGCAAUUUUACUAGGAUUAAUAUUAUAUGUAAAAUAAAAUUAAUUUAAAAAUAGUGGGGGAGGAUCAUAUAGUGAGGAUGGAUUAUCUAUGAAAAUUGGAAAAUGGAUUGAAUUAAGUGAUGGAUUUCAAAAAAAAUCAAAUAUUACUUAUAUUGGUGAAUAUAAAAAAGGAAAAAAAGUAAAUAAAUGGGAAACAUGGUUUUAAAAUUAGAUAUAAGAAAAAAUCUUAAUGUAAAUUUUGAAAAUAAUAAAUUUUUUAGAGGCGGCGGAUCAUAUGAUGAAAGGGGUGAUGUUAUUAAAAUUGGAUAAUGGAUUGAGUUAAAUAAGGAUUUUACUUAUGAUUUUUAACUUAUUCAUUAGGGCGAAUAUAAAAAUGGUAAAAAAGUUGGUAUUUGGAUUACUAAAUUGGAUGGGUCUUACAUGUAAUUAUUAAAAAGAAUAUAAUUUUUAGUGGUGGUGGAUCAUAUGAUGAAAGAGGAGAUUGCAUUAAGAUUGGAAAAUGGGUUGAGUUGUCUGCAAAAUUUUGUUCUUUAUCGAAAGUCACUUUUAAAGGUGAAUAUGAAAAUGGAAAAAAGAUUGGUAGAUGGGAUACCGCAUUAUCAGGAAUUGAGAUGUAAAAUAGAUUAGUUAUUUAUAAUUCAGUGGUGGUGGAUCAUAUGAUAAAGAAGGUUAACAAAUUAAGAUUGGAAAAUGGAUUGAGUUAAAUGAUGAGUUAUGUUCUGAAUUUUAUGUUACUUAUAAUGGUGAGUACAAGAAUGAUCAAAAAGUCGGUAAGUGGAAUAUCAACAUUCAGCACAUAAAAGAUAAAUGGAAUGAAUGCAUGUAAAAUAUUAUGUAACAAAAUAUUUAGUGGAGAUGGAUUAUAUGAUUAAAAGGGAGAUGGUAUUAAAAUUGGAAAAUGGAUUGAGCUAUGUGAUGGAUUCAAUCAACAAAAAUAAAUAACUUAUAAAGGGAAUUAUUAAAAUGGAGUAAAAGUUGGCAAAUGGGUUAUUUUUUUUAAUUAGAAACUCAGAAAUAAUGAGAAAAAAAAGAUGUAAGAUAUUAAAAUGAAAAAUUUUUAGAGGUGGAGGAUUUUAUGAUGAAAAAGUUAAUGGCAUGAAAAUUGGGAAAUGGGUAGAAUUAUGUAAUGGAUUCAAUCAGCAAAAAUAAAUAACUUUUAAAGGGAAUUAUUAAAAUGGAGUAAAAGUUGGCAAAUGGAAUUUAUAUUUUUAUGUCAAAUAAGGAGAUAAUGAGAAAAAAAAAAAGAUGUAAUAUAUUUAUGUAACAAAACAUUAAGUGGAGAUGUAUUAUAUGAUGAUAAAGGAGAUGGUAUUAAAAUUGGAAAAUGGAUUGAAAUUUUGGAUUAAUUUAAUUAGGCUAAAUAAAUAAUUUUUAAAGGUGAGUAUAAAAAUGAAAAAAAAAUUGGAAGAUGGGAUACUAUUAAAUUAGAUAAUCAGGCAAAUCAAGUUUGUUUGUAAUUUUAUACAUAAACUAAAAUUUUAGAGGUGGUGGAUCAUAUGAUGAAGGAGGUAAUGGUAUUAAGAUUGGAAAUUGGAUUGAACUGGACGAUGACUUUUAUUAAUAUUAGGAUAUUAUCUAUACAGGAGAUUAUAAGAAUGGUGUAAAGGUUGGUAUUUGGGUGA